UUUCUCAUAAUUUGGCAGCGAAAGUACCGCAUUUACAAAGUCAACAAAGUUUGCUGCUCCCCCGGACGGAGGUACUACUGGACUAACUAGGACGAAGGGAAAAAUGUUUCACGUGUCGCGUUUUGUCCUGCGUGGCCAGGCCCAGCUGAAGUCCUGCGCUCGGUUGGCCGCUUUCCAGUCCAGCCGCCACAUUAGCACCAGUCGCCCGGCAAGCAAAGAUGUUGGCCAUCGCACCGAGUCGGACACUUUCGGUGAGCUGCAGGUACCGAACGAUAAAUACUAUGGCGCCCAAACGGUCCGUUCUACGAUGAACUUCCCGAUCGGAGGCCCGACCGAGCGUAUGCCCCAGCCCGUUAUCACUGCCAUGGGGAUCCUAAAGAAGGCGGCCGCCCUCGUGAACAAGGAGUACGGCUUGGACCCGAAGAUCGCCGAUGCGAUCUCUCAGGCCGCAGAUGACGUUAUCUCCGGCAAGCUGUACGACGACCACUUCCCGUUGGUCAUCUGGCAGACCGGUUCGGGUACGCAAACGAACAUGAACGUGAACGAGGUGAUCAGCAACCGAGCGAUUGAGCUGCUCGGUGGAACACUCGGCUCCAAGACACCCGUCCAUCCGAACGACCACGUCAAUAAGUCGCAAUCGUCGAACGAUACGUUCCCAACCGCCAUUCACGUGUCGGUUGCGCGCGAGCUGACGGGAAAUCUACGUCCUGCCAUCCAGACGCUGCACGAUGCGCUCCAGGCAAAGUCGAACGAAUUCAAGGAUAUCAUUAAGAUUGGUCGCACGCACACGCAGGAUGCUGUCCCGUUGACGCUAGGGCAGGAAUUCAGUGGUUAUGUGCAGCAGAUGGCCUUCGCUCUCGAUCGCAUCGAGGCUGUGCUGCCACGCGUCUAUAUGCUGGCCAUCGGAGGAACGGCCGUCGGUACCGGGCUGAACACGCGCGUCGGAUUCGCCGAGAAGGUGGCGGCCAAGAUUGGCGAACUUACUGGACUGCCGUUCGUAUCGGCACCGAACAAAUUCGAAGCGCUAGCCGCGCGCGACGCAAUGGUGGAGGUUUCUGGCUGUCUGAACACGAUCGCCGUGAGCUGCAUGAAGAUUGCGAACGACAUUCGAUUCCUUGGCUCUGGUCCGCGGUGCGGCCUGGGCGAGCUAAGUCUUCCCGAGAACGAACCCGGUAGCUCGAUUAUGCCGGGCAAAGUCAAUCCGACCCAAUGCGAAGCGAUGACGAUGGUGUGUGCUCAGGUGAUGGGCAACAAUGUGGCGGUUACUGUUGGUGGCUCAAAUGGACACUUUGAGCUGAAUGUUUUCAAGCCGUUGGUCGUCUCGAAUGUGCUACGAUCGAUCCGACUUUUGUCGGACAGCGCGCGUACGUUCACGAAGAACUGCGUGGUUGGCAUCGAAGCGAAUCGGGCCAACAUUGACAAGAUCAUGAACGAAUCGCUAAUGUUGGUGACCGCUCUGAACCCACACAUCGGCUACGAUAAGGCUGCCAAGAUCGCCAAAACGGCGCACAAGGAGGGAACGACCCUGAAACAGGCCGCCCUCAAGUUGGGCUACCUGACCGAGCAGCAAUUUGCCGAGUGGGUACGCCCGGAGAACAUGCUUGGCCCGAAGUAAAAGGAAGCUCAGGUCAGCUUCUGACGUAUGGAAUGGCGCAAUGUUUUGGAAAAUCACAUCAGUUUGAAUAGGAAGAAGGCGUUAUUUAUUUACAACA